CCCGUCCCGAUGACACCCCUCUGCGCGAGGCGUAUAUGAGAGCAGGGCGAGAGAGGUGCCGGUGCCACAUCCUGACCCUCUGGACCUCCACAGCCUCUGAUCAGACAGCAUGAGCACCUUCUCCGCCAGAAGCUUCCUUUUUUCGACUGGGGGGGCCACCAGCCCGCUCCUUCUCAGUGGUGGCGGGGGCAGCAGUCUGUCCUCCAGCAGAAUGGGGGGCCGGGGCGUCCACGUUUCCUCCGCCAGUGUGCGGACCCUGUCCUCCUCACUGGGGGGCCUGUCUCUGGGUGAUAGCGGCGGCAACGCGGCCCUGAGCCACAACGAGAAGGCCACCAUGCAGAACCUGAACGACCGGCUGGCCUCCUACCUGGAGAAGGUGCGCUCGCUGGAGGCCGCCAACGGCGAGCUGGAGCUGAAGAUCAAGGAGAAGCUCGAAAGCAACACUGCUGUCAGCCAUGACUUCUCUGCCUACUACGCUGCCAUCAAGGACCUGAAUGACCAGAUCCACGAAGCCCGCCUGGCUCAUUUCAAGACUGUUCUGGAUAUUGACAACACCAAGCUGGCAGAAGAGGACUUCAGAAUGAAGUUCGAGAAUGAGACCUCCAUGAGGAUGGUGGUGGAGGCUGACAUCACCGGGCUGAGGAGAAUGCUGGACGAGAUGACGCUGGCCAGAGCCGACCUGGAUCUGCAGAUCGAGGGCCUGAAGGAGGAGCUGGUGUUCCUCAAGAAGAACCACGAGGAGGAGAUGGUGUCGGUGCGCGCCGAGCUGGGUGGCCAGGUCAAUGUGGAGGUGGACGUGCCUGCUGGGAUGGACCUGGCCCAUGCCAUGGCCGACAUCAGAGAGCAGUAUGAAGCCCUGACAGCCAAGAACCAGAGGGAGCUGGAGGCCUGGUACCAGGGCCAGGUGGCCACUGUGCAGCAGGAGGUGACCGAGCAGAACGAGAGCCUGCAGAUCAGCCAGGGGGAGGUCAAGCAGCUGAAGAGCACCCUCCAGAGCCUGCAGAUCGAGCGGCAGAGCAGCCAGAGCAUGAAAGAGGCGCUGGAGGCCAGCCUGGCAGAGACACAGGCGCGCUGCUCAGCCCAGCUCGCCAGCCUGCAGGCCGUGGUCAGCUCACUGGAGGCGCAGCUCGCCCACCUGCGGUCCGACAUCGAGGAGGACGGGGAGCAGUACCGCCGCCUGCUGGACAUCAAGACGCGCCUGGAGCUGGAGAUCGAGAAAUACCGCCACCUGCUGGACGGGGGGGAGUCAAGCAAGUCCGAAGUGACCACAACUGCCACGGUGGUGACGGUGAUGAAGGAGUCGGAGGUCUCUGAGCCCGCCAAGUGACCUGGGGGAGCUGCACAGUCAGGAACCCCCUGUUUCCCCGAGAGGCAACAUGCGCGUUUCUGGACUGCUUAAUAAAACACAUCUGGCUGCUCCCAUC